UAGACGACAGAGUUCAGAGGUACAGCGAACACGGUGCGGUAGUGACGGUUUGCGUAUCGCAGAAAAUUUCCGUUUAUAAAAUUAAUUUGCAACCUACAAGAUGCAGCAUAUUCUUGUUACUGGAGUUCCUGGAAUAGGCAAGACAACAUUAAUCAGAAGAAUAGUUGAGAACUUGAGAACAACUAAACUCACUUUCAAUGGGUUUCUGACUGAAGAUAUCAGAGUAAGCGAGGAUGAAAGAUUCGAAAAGGCCGGCGUUGGAGUUAUUCGCAUUCGUCCAGAAGGAAGGACCAUAUUGGCACAUAAAAUGCAUCAUCCAGUUGGUCCAAGAUAUGCCAGACUAGGAUCUUACACAAUUUACGUGAAAAACUUUGAGGACCUUACUUUGCCAAUGCUGCAUUCAUUUCAACAAGGAAUUCUGAUUAUUGAAAUCGGAAGAAUGCAGUUAUGCAGCAGAAAAUUUGAAGAAGCCAUACCAUUGUUGUUUAACAGACAAAAUGUUCAAGUUUUGGCUAUUGUUCCUAAUCAAGGACCAGAAAUGGUAGAAAAACUGAAAAGGAACAAUAAUACCAAAGUUAUAAAUGUGACACUGGAGAACCGAGAUGUGCUGUCUCGUGAAAUUUUCAACUUCUUCUUGUACAAGAAAUAAAAAAUAUCAUUGUAAUAUGUGAAGAAUUCUGAAUAAAAAUAUUAUCAUAAUCAAAUGCAUUGUUCUUGUGAAUCCUAUGCAAAAAAAGCAAUAUACAUUACUUACAUGAGCGGUGAAUAUUGGAUGGGUUCCCAACCCAUUGAAAGGUAAAUAAAUAAAUAAAUAAAUAAAGCAAUCAAUAUUGUAAAUCAACCAGUAAAUUUCAAAAUUAAAUUAUAAAUUAGGUCCAGAUUUUUCUAAACAAAAAUCACAUUAAAGUUGUCAUUAGGACACGUGUAUUUAUUUUUUAAAAAUAUAUCCAACUAUUCUUUAUUCAAAAAAGUGUUUAUACGUUUGUUUUUAAAUUUACCUAAUGUAUUAUAUACUCCUUGACAAAAUUAUCACACCACUGCUUAUGGUGAUGCUUAUGUGCAGUGGUGCGAUAAUUUUGUCAAGGAGUAUAUGUAUAGCUCCAGAUAAAUUACCCUAAAUUAUCUUCCCCAACAAGUUUAAACGUUUCAGGUGAUAUCAUGUUUAACCACAAGAGUUAGGGAUAUUUGUUUAUUCAUUUUACUAAAGUUUAUAUCUACAUAAAAAAAGAGGUUCCUUGAUUUUUUUACAAGGAAAGCAUCCAUAUCCUCACCUCCUGUGGAGCAGUUUAUUUUGAAACGUUUCUUGUAGUAUUAGAAAUUCGUCCAGACCUUAGUCCAGAACAAGUUUUUUUAAAGCAAAUGAGAUGAGUUAACAAAAAUAUUGAAAAACAGUUUCUGGCUUAUUGGACGGUUAUUUAAUUAUUAAAUCAAUGCCGAUGUUUCAGUCUAAUAAUCUAACGUCCGAUAAGCCAGAAACGGAGUUUAAUUUUUUGAAGUGAUGUGGACAAAAAAAAGCUCCAAAAAUUUAAAGUGAUCUGUAACCUAACAACUUCAUUCCCAAAAAAAAAAAUUGACAGAACCUUAAAACACUGUUACUGACUACUACUGCUCUGAUCCUGCGAACUUUUAUAAACAAUUUCUAAUGCUGUAGUAAUAGUCCUUACAUCACCUUCAAUUGUUUUGGCCCAAUUUUCCACAUCUCCUAGUUCUUUGAGUGCACCACUGAAUGAUUCUACUAAACUCAACCAGUGUUGAGUUUGCUUUGAAAAUGCUAAGGCACUAGUGUGUAAUUGCUUUGCUUCUGCAUCAAGCUUUUUUUGAUUUAAAUAGGCUUGAGCC